AUGGAAGCUCACAAUUUCACAACCCCAUGUUCAUACUCAUGCCAUUUUCUCUCAUUUCUUCUCACUAUCCUCUUAUUCAUUACAACCCCACAAAUAUGCUUAGCCACCACCGCUACUUCUUCAACCCAAACAUAUCAAACUUACAUCAAAACAACAUGUACUUCAACCCUAUACCCACAACUUUGUUACAAGUCUCUCUCCCCCUAUGCCUCCCAAAUCCAAACAAACCCACAAACACUUUGCACCACUGCCCUCACUAUAGCCCUAAACUCAGCCAAAAACACAUCCACAAUGGUAUCAAAAGUCUCUAAACUAGCAGGAUUGUCAAGUAUUGAAGUGGCUGUAAUUAAGGAUUGCAUUGACAAUGUGAAGGGUUCAAUAUCCGAGCUCCAAGAUUCUCUAAAUGAGAUGGGCCAACUUAGUGGUUCAGAUGUGGCAUUUCGAGUAGCUAGUGUAAAGACUUGGGUGAGUGCUGCAUUAACGGACGAGACUACAUGCACUGAUGGUUUGAGUGCGAAGAAUGUGAAUAAUGCGAUGGUGAAAAACACGAUUAGCGAGUAUAUAUUGAAUCUUGCCCAGCUGACUAGCAAUGCUUUGGCUCUCAUCAAUGGUCUCAAAUACUAA